AUGUCACUGUGGGAAGAGAGGGACAGCCCCGUGGAGGUGUAUCUCUUGGGCACUAGCAUCGAGCCUAAUCACAUGGAAAUUAAGGGCAUGAUCAACAUCUCUAACUUUGAGAGAGUGCCUGAGGAGGAGUGGCAGAGCACCAGUGUGCCCAGGACACAGGACAAUUGUGUAGGCCAUGGUACCCACCUGGCAGCUCUGGUCAGCGGUCAGAUUGUUGGCGUGGCCAAGGACAUCAAGAUACACAGCCUACGUGUGCUCAACUGCCAAGGGAAGGGCAAGGUCAGCGGCAUCCUCAUGGGCUUGGAGUUUCUUUGGAAAAAGCUGGUCUCCAAUCCCUCCAAGCGCAUGGUAGUGCUGCUGCCCCUGGUGAGUGGGUACAGUCAGAGCAUCAACAAUGCCUGCAAGCGCCUGGCAAGGGCUGGAGCAGUGCUGGUGGCCGCUGCGGGCAACUUUCAGAGCAAUGCCUGUGCCUACUCUCCAGCGUCGGCUCCUGAGGUCAUCACUGUUGGAGCUGUCGAUUCCCAGGACCAGCCUUUCACCCAGGGACCUCUGGGGACCAACUAUGGCUCCUGUGUGGACAUCUUUGCUCCUGGGAAAAGCAUUGUCAGUGCUGACAAGGACUGUACCAUUUGUUAUGUAAGAAAGAGUGGGACUGCGCAGGCGGCUGCCCAUGUGGCUGGCAUAGCAGCCCUGAUGCUCACUGCCCAGCCAAACCUCACUGUGGCUGAGCUGAGGCAGAGGCUGCUCCAUUACUCUAUCAGCAAUGCUAUCAAUGACACCUGGUUCCCUGUAGAACAGCGAGUCAAGACCCCCAACCUGGUGGCUGCACUGCCCCCAAGCACCCAGGAAACAGGUGGACAGAUGUUCUGCAGGACUGUGUGGUCAGAACCCUGGGAAUUCAGGCUGACACAUGCUGCUGAGGCUCACUGUGACCCGGAGGAGGAGCUGCUGGGCUGCUCCAGUUUCUCCCAGAGUGGGAAGCGGCAGGGCGAGCGUGUGGGGAUCCUAGGAAACAGACGCGUUUGCCUGGCAUUUGGAGAUAGUCAGGUUUCUGCGGUGGCCAGAUGCUGCCUGCUCCGCCGAGCCAACUGCAGCAUCCACACAGCUGCUCCCGCCUUGGUGGGGCUGAAGACCUACACCCACUGCCCGGAUCCUGACCAAGUCCUGACAGGCUGCAGCUCCCAUUGGGAGGUGGAGAAUCUUGAUGUCUUCCCACAUACCACACCCAAGAGAGGUACUAAUCAGCCCAGACGGUGCGCGGGACACAAGGAGGCCAGUGUCCAUGCUUCCUGCUGCCAUGCUCCGGGCCUGCAGUGUACAACGAAGAUGUACAGGCCUUUAAGCCCCUUGGAGAAGGUCACCGUGAGCUGUGAUGCAGGCUGGACCCUGACCAGCUGCAGUGCCCAUCCUGAGACCUCAGUCACCCUGGGAGCUUUCCCUGUGGACAACACCUGUGUGGUGAAGCACCAGGAUCCUGAGGAAACAGGAAGGACCAGUGAGGAGUUUGUCAUAGUCACUGCCAUCUGCUGCCGCAUCCAGCCUUCAGGACAAGCAUAG